AUGGACUUCUUCAACUUGUUGUGUAACACUUUGGUGUUCGACGUGCAAUGGAAUUUUCACGAGGCGGAGGACCAUGAUUCUGUGACUACUAAUCCAGAAUGGGAGAAUAUCGAUACUAGUAAGCAUCUAUUUCCUUCAAAAAUUUGGGGAAUUCGACCUACAUGGGAAGUGGUUGUAAAAAUUAUCUGUACCUUACCAAUCAUCGUCAUCGGAUCUUUAGCUAACAGCGGAUUAAUUUAUGUGGUACUCAAAGAAAAAUCUCUACACACCAUGACAAAUCUCUUGAUGGUGAAUAUGUGUAUCGCAGAUCUAGGUACUUGUUUAAUAUGCUCAUGGAUGUUUCUUUGCAUCGAUUUGUUUCAAAAUUAUAUUUUGAGAGAGAUUGGUUGUCGACUGGAUGGAUCCUUGGUGCACACUUUGACAUUGGUCGCCGUGUUUAAUUUAAGUGCAAUCAGUUAUGAUCGUGUCUCAGCUAUCGUCUUUAAUUGCUCGGGAAAAUUGACAAGAAGGAUGACGUAUGUUAUACUCUUCUCUACCUGGAUUUCUGGAAUAGCCGUCGCUAGUCCUUUAGUCUGUUUCCGACACUAUUACGAAAGACAAUGGAAAAAUUAUUUAGAAACAUAUUGCACUGACGACACUGUGCUUGUCUAUCCUUAUUGGCAUAUUUUUGCGGGUUUAAGCGUCUGGGUACCAUUGGUUGUCAUGACAAUAUGUUACUCAGCUAUUCUCAUCAAAUUAGACCGCUACGAAUCGCAAGCUCUGAGAAGUAAGUAUUCUAUUGUGAUGAAAUAUAAAAGAAGAGUAGCGCAAGUACUGGCGCUUAUAGUUUUAGCGUUUAUCAUAUGCCGUGUACCAUUCGCUGCGUUAAUAAUUCGAAGGACACAACUAUUAAAAGAAAGACCCAAAACGGGACAAGCAGAAGCUAUCUAUCCAUUAUGGUAUAUUAGCAGAUACCUGGUACUGGUUAAUGCAGCAAUAAAUCCUUUGUUAUACGGUUGCAGUAGCAGUUCAAUGAGAAAGGAAUUAGCAUUAUGCCCUGCCACAUCUUGGCUCAUCCGAAAGAAGAAAAAACAAGAAUCGAAGCCAUGCAGUGUCUCACAGUUAAAACCACAGAAUCUCCAUGCUCUAAGGCCACGAUCUCCUUGUGUACGAACGAACUAUAAUGAUAGAGAAAUAAUACCGAAUAUUUCGUCCACCAUUAUAUGA